GCUAUACCCAGCAGUCCUUUAAAAAGGAGUGAAAUAUCCUCAUAUUCUAUUUUCAUUAUGUGAGUAUAUUGACAGCCUGGGAAACCAAUUCGGCGUUCACAAUGGACGAUUCUCGUACUGCUACUCUAUCCAGCCAAAGCGGGAGUGAUACCCUAAUGCAGAAAGAAACGCUCGCGGCCGAUGCUCGAAAGAGUAUUCCUUCGAGACCUACAUCAUUCAAGGGAGCGUCUGGAUCGACUCAAGAUGAUAUUCAAAAGUCCGAACCGCGGAGCCCUACCGAGAAAGAUACCCCUUCAACAGAGCAAGAGUGGAUCAGCGGCAUUCCACUAUUCGCGGCGAUAACUGGAGUCACACUGGUGAUAUUUUUGAUGUUGCUGGAUACUUCUAUAGUCUCUACGGCAAUCCCUCGAAUCACCAACGAAUUUCAUUCUCUGCAAGACGUCGCGUGGUACGGCAGCGCAUAUACAUUAGCAAGCUGUGCGUUGCAGCCGUUAACCGGGAAAUUUUAUACACAUUUCACAACAAAGUGGGUCUUUCUCGGAUUUUUUGGGGUAUUCGAGCUGGGCUCCUUAAUAUGCGGCCUGGCAAACUCCUCCAAAAUGUUGAUUGUCGGUCGUGCCGUUGCCGGAAUGGGUACGUCGGGCAUGGUAAACGGGGCGAUGACCAUCAUCGCGGGGGCCUUGCCAAUGCACCGAAGACCAGCUAUGAUUGGAAUUAUGAUGGGAGUUUCGCAACUUGGUCUUGUCUUGGGGCCUUUAAUUGGAGGUGCAUUCACAACGUACACAACCUGGCGAUGGUGCUUCUAUAUCAACCUACCCAUUGGCGCUUUGGUUGCCGUCCUACUUGUUUUCACUCACAUUCCGGAACAACGGAAAAAAGGGCGUGCAGUUGAGGUUCUGCCUACAUUUUUCAAGACGUUUGAUCUCGUUGGGUUCGUCCUCUUUGCACCUGCGGCGAUCAUGUUCCUUCUUGCGCUCGAGUACGGAGGAAACAAAUACGCAUGGAACAGCUCCACAGUGAUUGGUUUGUUUUGCGGCGCAGGCGCCACAUGCAUUAUCUUCUUAAUCUGGGAAUAUCGGACAGGAGAAGGGGCAAUGAUUCCCUUCCAUCUGAUCCGUCCGCGCAUUGCGUACUCCAGCUACGUGUCCAUGAUGACUAUGUUUGGCAUGACCAUGGUAAUGACCUAUUAUCUGCCAAUCUACUUCCAGGCAGUAAGAGGCCAUUCGGCUUUGGUUAGCGGCGUGGACCUACUACCGAAUGUUUUAUGCCAGCUGGUCAUGGCUGUCGUAUCCGGCGUCCUCACCGGCAAGCUAGGGUACUAUCUCCCAUGGGCUGUCUUUGGCAGCAUGCUUAAUGCCAUUGGCUCUGGGCUUCUUGCGACGCUCAGCCCUACCACGCCCACCAGAGACUGGGCUGGUUUCCAAGCCCUGUUUGGUUUCGGUAGAGGUGCCUCUACACAAGCGCCCAUGAUUGCAGUACAGAACGCCAUUAGUCCUGAUGAAGUCUCGACGGCUAUGGCCAUUCUUACCUUCAGCCAGACCUUUGGUGGAUCGGUUUUCUUGGCUGUUGCCGAAGUCAUUUUCUCCAAUAGUCUCAAGGAUACCAUCCCCAAAUACGCCCCAAAUGUCGAUCCCAACACUGUCAUCGCCGCCGGUGCUACGGGGUUUCGGGACGUGAUUUCUCAGCAAGACUUGCCUGGAGUCUUGUCGGCAUAUGCGAAGAGUAUUGACCGAGUGUUCUAUCUAGCCGCUGCAUUAGCAGUUGUACAGUUUGUCGCUUCAUGGGGACUGGGUUGGAAGGAUAUUAGCCAGAAGAAGGACGAACCAAAGGACACGGAGAAAGGCGAGAUAGCGAUUGAGGCAUGACUGAGGUGC